CUCAUUUGGUCCUCCAGACCAACAGGUGGCGCCAAAUUUCAACUUUUUUCUCGUCGACUCCGAUCCGCUGAUUUCAGAUGUGAGAUGGAGCUGCAGCUUCCUCCACAUCAGGGAGUGGAGCUCUCUGUGGUCGACAUGCACACAGGAGGAGAACCUCUCCGUAUCAUUGUGGCCGGCUACCCAGAAGUCAGGGGAGACAGUGUGCUCUCGAAGCGUAGGUAUGUCUUGGAGCACCUUGACCAGCUCAGGAAGGUGCUGAUGUACGAGCCCCGGGGUCAUUAUGACAUGUACGGAGCUCUGAUUGUGGACAGUGAGCUGCCCGAGGCAGACCUGGGUGUGCUGUUCAUGCAUAACGAGGGCUACAGCACGAUGUGCGGGCACGCCGUCAUCGCCCUGGGCCGCUUUGCCGUGGACUAUAAGCUGGUGAAGGAGCCUCAGUCCCCAGAGACGCAGGUGAACAUCCACUGCCCCUGUGGGCUGGUGAAGGCUUUUGUGGAGUACUCUGCAGGUAAAACGGGAGCAGUGAGGUUUCUGAGUGUGCCAGCAUUUGCCUUCGCUACAGAUGUGAUGGUGAAGGUGGAGGGGUUUGGUGAGGUGAUGGUGGACAUCAGCUAUGGGGGAGCUUUUUACGCCUUUGUUGAGGCGCAGAGGUUUGGACUGGAUGUGAAGCAGUCCAGGACUCGGGAUCUUGUAGACGCAGCGACGGCGGUUACAAGAGCUGUUAAAUCCCAGGUGAAGCUGCACCAUCCAAUCAGUGACAAUCUGGCUUUCCUUUAUGGGACCAUCCUCACAGAUGGACUUGAUAAAUUCUCCCUUGAGCCCACUGCUAACAUCUGUGUGUUCGCCGAAGCUCAGGUGGACCGGAGCCCCACCGGCUCAGGUGUUACAGCUCGAGUGGCUCUUCAAUAUCACAAAGGUCUCAUCCAGCUGAACCAGACCAGGACGUUUCAGAGCGGAGCCACCGGAUCACAGUUUACAGGAAAAGCUGUUGAGGAGACCAGCUGUGGAGACUUCAGGGCAGUUGUGGUGGAAGUCGCUGGCUGA